GGAACACCAGAAACAAAAUCCAUGCUGUGGUUUGGUUUAAAAAACUUAAAACAUUUUGUAGAUUUCUGAAUUUUUUGGUGUCUCAGCUUUCCAGUCAGACCGAUUUAUGCAGCUCACAGACUGUUUAGGGACCCUCAGUAAGUACAGAUAAACACAUACAACAGGACACAGUAAACAUUUCACUGCAUGUUACAGCACGUCUGUAAAGAGACUCAGAACUUGUUUACAUUCAGAUAUCUGCAGGUUAGUUAGUAACCAGUUUGGAAUGAGACUCAGCCUGAUAAACUGUUGUGUUGUGCUGAAUCCACAAGAGUCUCAGCUUUCCAGUCAGACAGAUUUAUGCAGCUCACAGACUGUUUAGGGACCCCAGGAUGCACAAAGAUUCACACACAAGAGGACUCAAUAACACAUUUACUGCAUGUUACAGCAUGUCUGUAGAUAUUUCUGUCAGAUAUCUGCAGCUCAGAGUUAUGAACCAGUUUGUAAUGAGACUCAGCCUGAUAAACUGUUGUGUUAAAGCUCCGCCCCUCAGCUGAGUCACCCGAGACAAACCAGGAAACAGGCUGUUAUUCUGCCAAACGGAGACGAAGAGACACACACACACACACACACACUCUGAGAGACGGAGGAUAAGAUUCAGCUUCAGACUAAAACCUCCACUUUGACUGAAAGAGGACGACUUCAGGAGAUUACUGGGAAUACUGGAACAGCUCCACUUCACCAGCUGCUGAAUCCACAAACUGAACGACAGUUUUACAGGAAAGUAAAGCAAUUUUGAGAGAACAGGGAGUGGCUGAGCUGUUUGUCUGCUGUGUUUUCAGCUUCACUCAGAGACUAAAUGGCUUCCAGAUUAGAGGAGGAUUUCUGCUGUUCUGUCUGCCACGACAUCUUUAAAGAUCCUGUUCUUCUGUCAUGCAGCCACAGCUUCUGUAAAGACUGUCUGCAGAGCUGGUGGACGGGGAAACCAACCAGAGAGUGUCCGGUUUGUAAGAGAAGAUCUUCGAUGAGUGAUCCACCCUGUAACCUGGUGUUGAAGAAGCUGUGUGAGAGUUUCUUACAGGAGAGAGAUCAGAGAGCUUCAGAGGCUCUCUGCAGUCUGCACUCUGAGAAACUCAAACUCUUCUGUCUGGACCAUCAGCAGCCAGUGUGUGUCGUCUGCAGAGACUCAAAAGAACACACCAACCACAGAUUCAGACCCAUCGAUGAAGCUGCACAACAACUCAAGGAGGAACUUCAGGAAACUCUGGAGCCUUUAAAGGAGAAGUUAAAGGUUUAUGAACGAGUUAAAGUGAAGUUUGAUCGAACAGCAGGACACAUUCAGGACCAGGCCCGACGCACAGAGACGCAGAUUAAGGAGCAGUUUAAGAAGCUUCACCAGUUUCUGGAAGAGGAAGAGGAGGCCAGGAUGGCUGCACUGAGGGAGGAAGAGGAGCAGAAGAGUCAGAUGAUGAAGGAGAAGAUGGAGGCUCUGAGCAGAGAGAUAGCAGCUCUUUCAGACACAGUCAGAGCCACAGAGGACCAGCUGAGAGCUGAACACGUCUCAUUCCUGCAAAACUACAAGGCUGCAGUGGAAAGAGUCCAGCAGCGCCUCCUGCUGGAGGCUCCACAGCUGCCCUCAGGAGCUCUGAUAGACCAGGCCAAACACCUGGGCAACCUGGCCUUCAACAUCUGGAACAAGAUGAAGGACAUGGUCUCCUACAGUCCUGUCAUUCUGGACCCAAACACUGCGAAUCCAGACCUCAUCCUGUCUGAAGAUCUGACCAGUCUGAGAGCAGGAGAUAAGGAACAGCAGCUUCCUGAUAAUCCAGAGAGGAUUGGUCGGUGGUACUCUGUUGUGGGCUCUGAGGGCUUUAACUCAGGGACUCACAGCUGGAAGGUCCAGGUUGGAGACAAUACAUGGUGGGAACUGGGUGUGUUAGCAGAGUCUGUCCAGAGGAGAGAAGCCAGGGGGUCUGGAUUAUGCAGAAUAUAUUUAUGUGGAGAUGAUUACUACUCAUGGUCAGCAUCAGAUGAUAGAACUGAACUCGUAGUGCAGGAGAAGCCUCAGAGGAUCAGAGUGAAUCUGGACUGGAACAGAGGAAAGCUGUCGUUCUCUGAUGCUGACACUAACACACACAUACACACCUUCACACACACUUUCACUGAGAGGAUGUUUCCAUAUUUUUACAAUGGGGAUGAUGAGGAUCAUCUCCCACUGCAGGUUUUACCAGUGAAGGUCUCUGUGGCUGCAGGACAACAGAAAUAGACGAUGUUUGUUUCUCCGUCAGUGAGAGGAAAUGAUGUCAUGAUGAUGUAACAACUCAGAUCAAAGAGCUGUCAAUCACUCUGUGACUGGCAGGCGUCUCUGUGGUUUCCUGUUUGAUUAUUGAUCAAAUCUUUAAACUGAAUUUCCUGCUAAACUUGAUUCUCAUUGAUUGUUUUGUUUUUUUCUUUUAUUGGUGUUUGAGAGUUAUAUAGAAAAAAUACCGUCAAAUAACAGAAAACAACACGUUAUUUAAAGAUAAUUAAUUAAAAAAUACAAAUAAUAAACAGUUAAUAUCUGUAUUUUAAAUAUGUAUAUCUGUUGAAUAACAAGUGUUUUUUACUUUAAUUCGACAGUAAGUUUUGCUGAGGCUUUUUAUUUCUUUUUACAUUUUUUUUAUGUUAAAUUUCAAGUUUUACUGUAAGAAAACCAAAAGUUUCCUUAAUCUUAAUAUCAAUUACACGCAAUAUAAUGUGUAUUUUUUAUAAAGAAUUUACUGUCAUUUAACAUUCAAGACAAUUGAAAAAUACUGUAAAAACAAAAAAACAAAACAAAAUUCUGUCCCAUUGUUGUAAUUUACAGAUUUUUUAACUUCCAUGUUCUGGUUAAUAUUUGUAAUUAUAGUAAUUAACGUUGUGGCACUUUAUUUGCACUGUUUCAUGCAUUAUUGGGCUUUUAUUGUGAAGGGUGGGGCAGGUUUGUGACAGUAAUCCCUCAUUCAGACUCCAAGAGGGAAAAUCCAUGCUGUGAUCUGGUUUCAGAAACUUUUGACAUUUAGUAGAUUUGUGUAUUUUCCGCGAUUGUAUGGCAGCACUUGUGUUGUGUUUCCUGCUGAGAAACCCGCUUAUUUUCAAUAAAGUGUGAUACUAUAUUAAGUCCAUUUCAUGAUCAGUUUGUUCCAUAAGUUGUUGGAACAAUGUCCAGGUUUAUACCAAUAGUUACACAGAUUUGGUGCUGAAUUUUCCAAUAUUUCUACUCAAGAAUAUGUUAAAAAUGCUCAAAAACUUUCCAGAAUAUCACAUUAAGACACCAAGAUUAACUCUUAAAACAAGAUAAAUUAUCUAACACUUCUCAAUCUAAAGGGUUUUUUUUAUCUUGGUAAGAAAAAAACAUUUUGCAGUGCAGAGCUAAUUUCUUAAUUUAAAUGCUCAACAUGCUUAUUUCUAGAUUUAAUAAUCUUAAUUUAAGAAAUCUUGUCAUGUGAAAUUAUCUGUCCAUGCAGCAAGAUCAUGUUUUUAUCUUGUUUUUAGACACACCUUUUUUGUAGUGUGGCCUUGAACGACAUAAUGCACCCCCAAAAUUUCAGAUUUAAAAAAGAAAAUGCUUCUAAGCAGACGAUGCUACAGAGCUUUUCCAGUGUUUUUUCUUUUUGAAGGCGAAAAAGAUGUUACUCUUGCCAAAAAUAACAACUCUUGGGGAUACAAAGUUACUCAAAUGUGUCCAAACCUCAUCAAGAGGAGUCACAGAAUUGCAGCCUAGAACCAAGGUUAUUAUAGGGAACGAAAACUAACAAAAUAAUGAAAACUAGAAUUGAAAAAAACAUUUUCGUUAACUGAAAUUGAAAUAAAAACGAUAACUAACUGGAACUGUAUUUUGUGGUUACAAAACUAACUAAAACUAACUAAAAUGAUAGUAAAAAUGUCCUUCGUUUUCAUCUUUGUCAACUUUUUUCAUACGUAAACCUUUUUGGUUGAUAUGAAAUCUAUUUCAUCUAUCUGGUUUUAUGACUUAAUAAACUUAUUGGGGCUGAGAUGGAUCAGACAAAGGCAAUAAAGGACACAUUUAUUGUGACUUUUUUUAAUCUGGCACACAACAAAUACCCCAUUACAAAACAACUAAAACUAAUAAAAACUAAACUAAAACUAGCAAACUCGCUAAAACUAAAACUAAAACUAAAACUAAAUAAAUUUGAAAACAAGAAAAUUAAUAAAACUAAUGAAAAAUCCUAAACUAUUAUAACCUUGUUCAGGAUGCAGCAGCAGAGCUUCACUGUGUCUCUAAUAAAAACUAAACUAAAACUAAGCAUUUUCCAAAAAAUAAAAACGAAUUAAAACUGUCAAACUCACUCUAAAAACUCUUUAAAACUAACUGAAUUUGAAAACAAAAAAAUCACAACGAAAUUAAAACUAAAACUAAUGAAAAAUCCAAAACUAUUAUAACUUUGCCUAGAACGUAACCGAUCUUCGUCUGAUGUUUUCAGUGUAAAACUCACUGUGUUGCACUCAUUGUGUU